AUGAAGUUCGCACUCCUUCUAGCUUUCACAGUGGCCGUCGGUGCCUUGACUCAAGACCAAAUCGUCCCACCCAAAGUCGCUUGCGGCGAUGAGGUCCCAGACGACGGUUUCGAAAUCCUCGGGGGGCAGGAAGCCCCCGAGGAGUCCAGCACCGUUAUGUUGCUGGGCCCAAGAAGUCACCCGAUGGUGAGACCGAUCAUGGGCACGCACUAUUCAACCGGUUUUGCCGACGGGGAACUGACCACUGUCACCCAGGAAAUCAAACACCCCAAUGGCAUCGACGUUCGCAUCAUAAUCUUGGACCGCAACAUCACGACCAUCCAACCUGUGGUGAGGGUGUUGUUUAGUGUCGUUCGGGCGGACGUGCUCACUUGGGUACGCGGCUGGGGAUACGUCAGGCGUGGUGGCCCCCAAUCGCGCGUGCUCAAGGUGCUCAGCGUCACGACCUGGAGCUACGCCAGGGCCUCGGCUGCGCUCUUCCCCAGACGAGUGACCGAUAUGAUGUUGGGUGUUGGAGGCGAGAAAGGAGAAGACUCGUGUGGCGGCGACUUGGGGGGACCGUUGACCAUCGAAAUAAACGGAGUUGUGCGCUUGGUGGGCGUGGCCAGCUGGGGCGGAGAAUGUGGUCUGCUCGACAAGCCAGGUGUGCAUGCACGCGUCAGCACUGCUCGUGCCUUCAUUGCACCGUACAGUACUUGCCGACGUUAAGUCAAACUUGCG